AUGGAGCUCUUCGCAGAUGUCACACCCAAGACAGCAGAGAACUUCCGCCAAUUCUGUACCGGCGAGAGCAAAAAUCCCCGCGGCCGACCGCAGGGGUACAAGGGCUCCAAAUUUCAUCGAGUGAUCAAAGACUUUAUGAUUCAGGGUGGCGAUUUUAUAAACGGCAAUGGCACUGGCAGCGCAACCAUAUAUGGCACUGGCAAGUUUCCUGACGAAAACUUCAAUCUCACCCAUGACCGCCCGGGUCUUCUGAGCAUGGCUAACUCCGGUCCAAACACCAAUGGCUGCCAAUUCUUCAUCACAACAACCGCCACACCAUUUCUGAACAGCAAGCAUGUCGUUUUCGGCCAGGUUCUUGAUGGCAUGGACAUUGUGCGCAUGAUUGAGAACACACGGACGACGAGAGACAAGCCAAAUCAAGAUGUAGUCAUUGCGCAGUGUGGGGAGAUGUAA